CUUGUUCAUCAUCUCUCAAAUCCCUCACAGAUCAGAUUUUAAAAAAAUAUAUAUAUCUGAGUCUCAGUGUUCUCCCCUGUUCUCUCAAUCUCUUAUAUGGUGGUAGAGUUCUUGUUAGGGUAUUAAGGCAAAUCGAUUUCGUGACACUGGAUUCCGACAAAGAUAUGGUCUACUCAAGACUACAGGCUGAUGGAUGGAAAGUGGGGAUGAUCAGUUUACUGGCGAGAACCCGAAACAAGUUCAUCCGACGACGACGAGUAGAGUUUCUCGGGUGUGUUUAUAGUUUAUACAAAGCUCAAGAUCUUUAACAUGACCGAUUACAAAGAAAGUUUUGUAUCUUUAGCGAUGGUGAAUAAGGAGCAGUACGACGACCGCCACCGGUUGAGAGAUGUCAGGCUACCCUCCGACGAGUCAAGGCUACGGUUACGGUUACGGCGGCGGUAAUCAACCGCCACCACCUUACUCCUCCGGCGGAGGAAACAAUCCGCCGUACGCCGUGCCCUACGGCGCACCUAAGCCGCCGUCCUCAUCCGCGCCGCCUUCUGCUCCGUCCUACGGCGCGCCGCCUCCGUCUGCACCGUACGCGCCGCCGUCUGCUCCACCUUACGCGCCUGCUUCGUCAGGGGACUACAAGCCGCCAAAGGAGAAGCCUUACGGAGGUUACGGAGCUGCUCCGCCGCCGCAUGAAUCUUCCGGUUACGGCGCCGCGCCACGUCCCGGUUACGGACCUCCGCCGAAGCACGGACCUUCAGAUUACGGGAGCUACGGUGCUGCGCCUCCACGUCCGGCGCAGUGUAGUUACGGAGCUGCUCCGCCGCAAGGGGUUUCUGAAUACGGUGGUUACGGAGCUGUUCCACCGCCUCGUCCGGCGUAUUCAGGGCACGGUGGAGUAUACGGAGGCUAUACUCCUCCUCAGGGAUCUUAUGGAAGCCCCUUCGCUUCUCUGAUUCCUUCUGGUUUUGCUCCGGGGACGGAUCCGAACAUAGUGGCUUGCUUCCAAGCUGCGGAUCAGGACGGAAGUGGGUUCAUCGAUGACAAGGAGCUUCAAGGGGCUCUCUCCUCGUGUCAACAGAGAUUCAGCAUGAGAACGGUUCAUCUUCUUAUGUAUCUGUUCACCAACACCAAUGCCAUGAAGAUCGGACCUAAGGAGUUUACUGCACUUUUCUACAGUCUUCAGAACUGGAGGUCUAUCUUUGAGAGGUCUGAUAAGGAUAGGAGCGGAAGGAUAGAUGUGAGUGAGCUGAGAGAUGCGCUUCUGAGCCUUGGUUUCUCAGUUUCUCCUGUGAUUUUGGAUCUUCUUGUUUCUAAAUUUGACAAAAGUGGAGGCAAGAAUAGGGCCAUUGAGUAUGAUAAUUUCAUUGAGUGCUGUCUCACUGUUAAGGGACUGACAGAGAAGUUCAAGGAGAAGGACACAGGAUACUCAGGGUCAGCUACUUUCACUUACGAAUCCUUCAUGCUCACUGUCCUCCCCUUCCUCAUCGCUUAAGGUUUUACUACAAGUAACCUGUUUGCUCAUUUCCAGCUUCUCUUUGUUUUUUAAUAGUUGUAAUGUUCGUCGCCGUGUGAAUGCUAUUGUUACACAUGGUGUUUUUUCUGGUUUAAUUGAAAGUCCAGAGUUUAAAGCAAAUGUAAAGAUAUUGUGCUAUAUCAAAAAAAAUAUUGUGCUAUAAAAGAACCAAACAACUUAUCUAAGUUGAUUUUCUUA